AUGGCAGGUUCAAAGCGUUUAUCAGAUGGUUCAGCCGGUAAUAAACAACGGUUUAAAUGGACACCAGAAUUACGUAGCCGGUUUGAAGAAGCCGUUAAUCAUCUCGGCGGUCCAGAUAGGGCAACACCCAAAGGUAUCUUGAAAGCUAUGACUCUCCCUGGACUGAAUAUCUACCAUGUUAAGAGUCACUUGCAGAAAUACAGAAUUUCAGAGUUUAUCCCUGAAUCUUUUGACAGAGGAAGAACUGAGACGAGAAAAGUUUCAGAAAUGCUGCCAAAUUUUGGUGCUACGUCGUACGUUCAAAAAAUGCAUUUGAAGUUUAAAAUUGAAGCACAAAGAAGGUACUUUGAAAGAAUUUCAGAUGAAAAUCGAAACCUUUGCUUCCACACACAUGAGUUCGACGUAGCUGGAAAAUCAUCCAACACAUAUCCGACUCUUUUGGAUCAAGAAAAGGAUAGCAAUUCCAUCCAAAACAUGCAAUCAUCGAGUAACGAAGAUGGAAAGAGAUUUAGCCAUCCACCAAAAAUCGGCAAAACUCAUUUUAACAACUAUGGAGGAGGGGACAAGAUAAAAGUUACAGCCAAGUUUUGA